AUGGACUCAAAAAUCGACACGGUGAAUAUUUUCAAGAGAUUGUUCUUUUACUGGCAAAUUUUGGGCUUAAAAACAAACUAUAAUAAGUAUUUGAUCGGUCUUUAUGAUAUUUUUGUGAACAUUUUCGCGACGUUUGCCUUUCCGCUUCACCUGCUUUUGGGAGUGAUUUUCGCCAGCGACAAGGAAACCGUUUUCACCAAUCUUGCCAUCUGUAUUUCCACAAUUGCCUGCACAGCCAAGCACUUAACGCUUCGUCCGCAACUCAGCCAAAUAAUCAUUGUGAACAAAAUUCUACAGAAUCUGGAUCAGCGGGUGCAAAAUGAAGAGGAUAGACGUUACUACAUGAAAAAUAUGCGUGGGAGGUGCACUUUCAUGAUUAAUUUCUUCACUGUCUCAUACUUUGCGGUAUCAGGUAUGGCAGUGCUGGCUGCUCUCUCUACUACCAAUAUAUUAUAUCCAGGUUAUGUGAUUGUCGAUUGGCACCAUUCGACUUGGAAGUAUUUGGCUGUAUUUAUCUUUCAAACAUACGGCCUGAAUAUGCAAAUCGUGCAGAACCUCACCAACGAUGUUUAUGGACCUAUGAUCCUUUGCAUGAUUUCGGGCCAUAUUCAUUUGCUCUCCAGACGUAUUUCACGUAUUGGACACGAGCACGAAACCGAAGGGCAUAAAAACUAUGAAGAGCUAGUGCUGUGUAUAGACGAGUACAAAGUCUUGAUGAAACAAGUGGAACGGAUAAUCUCUCCCAGCUACAUGGUACAGUUUACAGCUGUUGGCAUUAACGUCGUGAUCGGUCUCUUAUAUUUGCUUUUCUUCGCCGACAAUCUCUUUGCUUACUGCUAUUAUAUUUUCCAUAUUAUUUCCAUUAUGAUCGAGAUUUUUCCCUGCUGCUACUAUGGCAGCAUGGUUCAGGCGGAAUUCUAUGCGCUGUCUUACGCCAUAUUUCGCAGCAAUUGGACAUCACAGUCUCGCACUUUUCGACGCGCGGCUGUUACGUUUACCGAACUUUCGCUGAGAGAUGUCACGGUAUCGGCGGGUGGAAUGGUAAGAAUUCAUUUGGACUCGUUCUUUAAGACCUGCAAAAUGGGGUACUCAAUAUUCACGGUUCUACAAAGUAUGAGAUAA